AUGUCUGACGGCCUUUUAGAAUACAUACUCGUAGACUUCAACCGAAAGCUUUCCACAGCUUACGGUAUCAAAGCAAUUGAGGACAUUGAACCUACGAUGCUCAAAUGGAUAGAGUUUCUUGAAACGUUUAAGAACAUAAAUUUCAGCAAAGUUAUUCAGCUUAUGGAAAACCACCCGAAUUCUCAACAGAGGUUUAGCAGUUUGAUCGGCAUUUUCUAUCAACUUCUUAUUAAGAAUAAAGAAAAGGCACUUUUUUUUUAUAAUUCUACCACCAAUCUCGAACCAAAAGACAUGUUAUUAACCAUAUACUACGAAAAUAAAAUAAUUAACAAAUGGAAUGUUCACGAUAAUUAUGGUGUAAGUGUAGAUGAUACCUUCGAUUUCAAGUCGGAAGAUGGUGAUCCAUUUGCACUAUACAAUUUAGCCGACUGUUACUUUUACGGAAAAGGAACGAAGGUAAAUGUAGAUAAAGCGUUCCAAUUAUGUUUAAAAUCUGCCGAAAGAGGACAAGCAUGGUGUAGGAACGAAAAAAAUGAAAUAAGAGCAUUUGAAUGGGUGUAG